AUGCCCAAGAAAAUCGUUAGCGACUUUGGAGAUAAGAAGUUUUACCUCAUCUGUCAAGACGGCAGAGCCGAAGAAUGGCGACAAAAUAAAGAGAGCACUGAUUUACUUGAUGUCGUACUUGACGGAAGAAUCUAUAAAGCAAGCAAAGAAGAUCCUGAAGGUUCACCAGUUGCUGCAGGUGACUCAGACCUUCAAGAAGCUUAUGGUGGUCAAGAUUACAAAAGGAUCAUGUUUGACAUCCUUGAGCAUGGAAAAGAGACAAACCAUCGUUUCCCACCCAUUUAA